UUUAGGAAUGAUCGCAACAACUUUAGAUGAUUUUUCAGGCAAGGACUCAACCAGAUAUUUUGAAAUAUUUGAGCUUAGGUCAAAAUUAGACGGGUGGAGUGAAAAUGAGACGUUGACACUGCUUAAAUUGAAACUCGUAGGGGAAGCGUAUAAUUUUUUUAAAUCUGAUAUCACGUUGAAUUUUUUAUCAUAUGCGGAAUUGAAAGUUAGAUUUCUUCAGAAAUUCACUUCAGUUAGGUUGCCUUGGGAAAAUCAAUGGAAUUUGAAUAAUUGUUUUCAGAGACAGGACGAAGACGUGUCAUCUUUUUGCACUAGAUUGCGAACUAUAGGGACGGAACUGUUAAGUGAAGAUUUGGCCGGGGCAACGAAGGAUGAGGAAUCGGGUAUAAGAAAGAAAAAUAGGGACUUCAUUUUGAAUCAAUUCAAAAUUGGCUUACGUAAAGACGUUAUGAGGGAAGUCGGUAUUUUUUUAUUGCGCGAAGAAAAUUUAGAUUUGGAAAAAGCGGAGGAACUAGUAAGAUUGCAGGAAACGUCUCAUAAAAUGUUGCAAGGGAGAUUAUCUACAAGAAAUAUAUCGACAGUUAAUUUCGGAGUAAUAUGUCAAUUUUGCGGAGAAAUAGGUCAUUCAGCAAAGGAAUGUAGAAGUACUAGGGCAAAUUGGAGGAACGUUCAACGAAACGUCGAAAAAGGCUGUUAUUCUUGUGGCAAACCGGGCCAUUUCGCGAGGGAAUGUCGGACUUUUGGGAGAUCGGAACGAAUAAAUCAGGUAGUAUGUAUUUCCUGCAAACGGACAGGACACUGGUCGAGAGAAUGUCCAACGAAAAAUUGGAGAGAAACCCAAUAUCAUAAUAAUCAUCAUUGUCAAGUGAGUAAAGAGUUAAAGAUCGGAAAUAUCAGGAGAGUUUACCUUGAUCAAAAUAAGUCGGAAGAAAUACCGAAAAAUGAAAUAACGGAAAUUCAGAAGAGUGAAUCUCGCAUUGAGAAGAGGAGCGCGCAAGCGGCCGAAAAAAUAAAUGAUGAUAUUUUGACAAAAGCAAAUGAGGUUAGGGAACUUGAGGUGAAGACGCAGUAUAGAGACCUCGAAAAUUCGAAAAUGAGAGAAGUAAGGGUUUGCGGUAUUACACAGGAGAAUAUAACGGAUUUCGAGAAACAGGGAUCGACUUUCAGAAAAGUGAGGAAAUAUGAAAAGUUGAGAGACUUUGAGCUCGGGCCAGUUGAUUCAGUCGUGAAGGCAAAGAAAAAGCGGAAAAAUGAUAUCACUUCAGAAACAGGGGUUGUCAUUCCGGUUCGUUCGGAAUUGAGAGGCAAUUCGGAAAUCAACAACUUAUUCGGUGAAACAUUGAAAAGUGAAGUUUACGACCGAAUGUACGAAAAUACUGGGGAUGCAAAAUCCGCAAGGGUUACGAGGUUUAAUAAAAAUGUAGUAAACCCUCAGUUCAAUGUGGGAGAUUUAGUUUUGUAG